AUGGAAAAAUCAUCCGUAGGGAUGAAUAAAUCGGACUUCCGAUCGACAUCCUCGCUGCCUCCCGAGCCGGUGGAGAUCAUCCGAAGCAAGGCGUGCUACCGCCGAGUGAGACUCAAUGUCGGGGGUCUUCCACACGAAGUCCUGUGGAGAACAUUGGACAGGUUACCUCGCACAAGAUUGGGGAAAUUAAGAGAUUGCAACACACACGAGUCACUAAUGGACAUUUGUGACGACUACAAUUUAGAAGAAAACGAGUACUUUUUUGACAGACAUCCUGGGGCGUUCACUUCAAUACUGAAUUUUUACCGCACUGGUAAGUUGCACAUGAUGGAGGAGAUGUGUGCGUUAUCUUUCAGUCAAGAACUGGACUAUUGGGGUGUCGAUGAGAUUUACCUGGAGUCAUGUUGCCAAGCUCGGUACCACCAGAAAAAGGAACAAAUGAACGAGGAGCUUAAACGUGAAGCUGAUAAUAUGAAGGAGAGAGAAGGCGAGGAAUUUGAUAACACGUGUUGUGCAGAAAAAAGAAAGAAGCUUUGGGAUCUUCUGGAAAAGCCGAGUUCGUCAGUUGCAGCCAAGAUCCUGGCGAUCAUCUCCAUCCUCUUCAUUGUUCUGUCGACCAUUGCCUUGUCCCUGAACACCCUCCCAGAGCUGCAGGCCAUCGACGAGUUUGGACACACCGCAGACAACCCCCAGCUAGCCCACGUGGAGGCAGUGUGCAUUGCCUGGUUCACCAUGGAGUACCUUCUGCGCUUCCUCUCCUCGCCCAACAAGUGGAAGUUCUUCAAGGGCCCCCUGAAUGUCAUCGACCUGCUGGCCAUCCUGCCCUACUAUGUCACCAUCUUCCUAACCGAGUCCAACAAGAGCGUGCUGCAGUUCCAGAACGUGCGUCGGGUGGUGCAGAUCUUCCGCAUCAUGCGUAUACUGCGUAUCCUCAAGCUGGCCCGCCACUCCACGGGCCUGCAGUCGCUGGGGUUCACCCUGCGGCGCAGCUACAACGAGCUGGGCCUGCUCAUCCUCUUCCUGGCCAUGGGCAUCAUGAUCUUCUCCAGCCUGGUCUUCUUCGCCGAGAAGGAUGAGGAGGACACCAAGUUCAAGAGUAUUCCGGCUUCCUUCUGGUGGGCCACCAUCACUAUGACAACAGUGGGCUACGGGGACAUUUACCCCAAGACCCUGCUGGGGAAGAUUGUAGGGGGGCUGUGCUGCAUCGCUGGUGUGCUGGUGAUCGCUCUGCCCAUCCCCAUCAUCGUCAACAACUUCUCCGAGUUCUACAAGGAGCAGAAGAGGCAGGAGAAGGCCAUCAAGAGGCGGGAGGCCCUUGAGAGGGCCAAGAGGAAUGGCAGCAUUGUGUCCAUGAACAUGAAGGACGCCUUUGCUCGCAGCGUGGAGCUGAUGGACGUGGUGGUGGAAAAGGAUGGAGAGAGGAAGGAGAAGGUGCAGGUCAACCAUCUUUCCCCAAACCGAUGGAAAUGGACACCCAAGCACAUAGCCUCAGAGACGAGCUCUAACAAGUCCUUCAAUGAGAACGAGCAGGGCUCUCCUGAGAAGGCCCGGGCUUCCAGCCCCCAGCACCUCAACGUGCAGAAGCUGGAGGAGAUGUACAGCAAAAUGGCAAAGACACAGUCCCAGCCCAACUUGAACACCAAAGAAAGGGGACUGUCUUCAAAAGCAAAGCACAGGGACGAGAUUGAGAUGGGUAGCAUCCCGGGACCUGUGGAUCCCCUGCUGUCUACCCACGAUGGCAUCAUUGAUAUGAAGAGCCUGUCCAGCAUUGACAGCUACAUCAGCUGCGCCACCGACUUCCCAGAGAGCUCCCGCUUCUCCCACAGCCCGAUCGUGAGCCUUCCAGGGAGGGUCAGCGCAAACCCAGGCCUGCAGACCACCCUGGAGCAUGAGCCCAUGCUGACCCCCCAUGGAGCCAUCAGGCCACAUGGGCAGGGCUCCAUCCUGGAGAUCAGCUCCAACCCGGAAGGUUCCAGACACAGCUUCUUCGCUGAUAGUCCACGUGGUCUGCGCCUUAGCAACCCACUCAAGUCACACUCACUCAAAGUCAACUUCCGGGGAAGGGAGUCAGGCACCUCCACCUCUUCCGCCACUGCCGCUGUGCACAUGGGCACUGGCCCGCUCUCCGACAGCUCCGCCUUCUCUGACCGCUCACUCCUGAGCCCCGAGGUGUCCAUCUACACCACGGCCAGCAGUAAGACGCCCCCCAAGUCUCCUGAGAGCCUGAGCUUGAUGCCGGCCAUCUUCACCUUCCAUGACGCGUCCAUCAGCAAGUACAUCGAUGCUGACACGGAUGAUGAGGACCACUUGCAUGACGGUUCCAACUCCAGCCCCUCCAAGCGCCUACUCGACAACAAUAGCCCCAGAUUUAACAUCAAUGCUGGCUAUCAGCGGGGGAACAACCACCUGGAGGUGUCUCAGAGAAUGCUGGGUCAGAACUGCUUAUUCCCUCUGGAGGUCCGACCAGGGAACGGGCAGGAGAAUCACGUGACCCAAGAUCUGCGUAUGCCUCAGGGUGAGAGGGGUCGCUCCAGCAACUAUGAAGAGAACAUCUGA